AUGGAGAGACAGGGCAGGCAGAGAAGCAACAUCGAAUACGAUUCUAGACGUACCGUCGAACCGAGACAUAGAAUCCAAGAUCGUACAAAACGCGUAUCUGAUUCUGCAAGCCGACCGCAGAUCGCUCGAUCGCUCAACUCCAGAACUACGCAGGAUCUUGCUGAACGAAGAUUGCUCGAAAGGUCUACCGACACCGAUAGGCGUCGUCAAAUCGUAGACUUAGCGAAGAAAGGGUUCACCGUCGUCUCGCAGACCGAACAGCUGAACGUCGACUCAUGGAACGAAGAACCGACCGACGUCUCAUGGAACAAAGAGUUGACCGACUCGUCGUGGAAAGGCGAUCCACAUCCGUCGAAUCUCGAAUCCGCAAAGAAGCCAGAACCAUCGAUCAACGACACAGGGAAAAGCGAUCCGCGUCUAUCGAAUCCCAGAACCGCGAAGAAGCUAGAGCUGAUCGUCAAAUUAUGGAACGAGGAACUAACCGACUCGUCGUGGAAAGGCGAUCCACAUCCGUCGAAUCUCGAAUCCGCAAAGAAGCCAGAACCAUCGAUCAACGACACAGGGAAAAGCGAUCCGCGUCUAUCGAAUCCCAGAACCGCGAAGAAGCUAGAGCUGAUCGUCAAAUUAUGGAACGAGGAACUAACCGACUCGUCGUGGAAAGGCGAUCCACAUCCGUCGAAUCUCGAAUCCGCAAAGAAGCCAGAACCAUCGAUCAACGACACAGGGAAAAGCGAUCCGCGUCUAUCGAAUCCCAGAACCGCGAAGAAGCUAGAGCUGAUCGUCAAAUUAUGGAACGAGGAACUAACCGACUCGUCGUGGAAAGGCGAUCCACACCGGUCGAAUCUCGAUUCCGCAAAGAAGCCAGAACCAUCGAUCGACGACACAGAGAAAGGCGAUCCGCGUCUAUCGAAUCUCAGAAUCGUGAAGCAGCUAGAACUGAUCGUCAACUUAUGGAACGAGAAACCAACCGACGUCUCAUGGAACAAAGAGUUGACCGACUCGUCGUGGAAAGGCGAUCCACACCGGUCGAAUCUCGAUUCCGCAAAGAAGCCAGAACCAUCGAUCGACGACACAGAGAAAGGCGAUCCGCGUCUAUCGAAUCUCAGAACCGUGAAGAAGCUAGAGCUGAUCGUCAACUUAUGGAACAAAGGGCUGACCGACUCGUCGUGGAAAGGCGAUCCACACCCGUUCAAUCUCGAUUCCGCAAAGAAUCCAGAACCAUCGAUCGACGAUACAGGGAAAGACGAUCCGCGUCUAUCGAAUCCCAAAACCGCGAAGGAGCUAGAGCUGAUCGUCAAAUUAUGGAACGAGGAACUAACCGACUCGUCGUGGAAAGGCGAUCCACACCCGUUCAAUCUCGAUUCCGCAAAGAAUCCAGAAUCACCGAUCAACGACACAGGGAAAGACGAUCCGCGUCUAUCGAAUCCCAGAACCGUGAAGAAGCUAGAGCUGAUCGUCAACUUAUGGAACAAAGGGCUGACCGACUCGUCGUGGAAAGGCGAUCCACACCCGUUCAAUCUCGAUUCCGCAAAGAAUCCAGAAUCACCGAUCAACGACACAGGGAAAGACGAUCCGCGUCUAUCGAAUCCCAGAACCGUGAAGAAGCUAGAGCUGAUCGUCAACUUAUGGAACAAAGGGCUGACCGACUCGUCGUGGAAAGGCGAUCCACACCCGUUCAAUCUCGAUUCCGCAAAGAAUCCAGAAUCACCGAUCAACGACACAGGGAAAGACGAUCCGCGUCUAUCGAAUCCCAGAACCGUGAAGAAGCUAGAGCUGAUCGUCAACUUAUGGAACAAAGGGCUGACCGACUCGUCGUGGAAAGGCGAUCCACACCCGUUCAAUCUCGAUUCCGCAAAGAAUCCAGAAUCACCGAUCAACGACACAGGGAAAGACGAUCCGCGUCUAUCGAAUCCCAGAACCGUGAAGAAGCUAGAGCUGAUCGUCAACUUAUGGAACGAGGAACUAACCGACUCGUCGUGGAAAGGCGAUCCACACCCGUCGAAUCUCGAUUCCGCACAGAAGCCAGAACCAUCGAUCGACGAUACAGGGAAAGACGAUCCGCGUCUAUCGAAUCUCAAAGUCGCGAAGAAGCUAGAGCUGAUCGGCAACUUGUGGAACGAAGAACCGACGCACGACUCGUUGAACAAAGGGCUGAUCGACGACGACUAGCCGUGGAGAGGCGAUCCACGUCCAUGGCAUCUCGAACCCGCGUUGAAACCGGAACUGAUCGUCGACUUAUGAAACAAAGAGCUGAUCGUCGACUCGUGGAAC